AUGAUUUCCCCUUCUUUUGUGGGACCCAUCUCAACGACCCUCCCCAACGAUUGUUCUCGUGCUCUUGCUUCCCUGUCCAUGGUUUCUCUUUCUCCUCUUUCAAUUUCACCUCCGAGUCUUCCUCAUUGUUCAAUUGGUUCUCAUAGGCAAAUCGUCGAACAUUCCCUUAUGGCUUCCAUUGGGUCUCUGCCUUUUAUGAUAGAGACCAAGACUGAAAGCUCUGUGCUUCUUCACAGCAAUAAUAAUCGCCGACUCAGAUUCCCAUUCUUCACGCAUCGGCCGGGAAGGUCCGUUGAAGUUAGUGGUAUCAAUGCAGAAGUUGUGGGAAUGUGCAGUAGACAGAUUAAUUGGUGCACAAAAGGGAAGCUUUGGAAGAUUGAGCCUCUUAGAGCGACUGGUAAGGUCUCUGUGGAGGGCGAGGACGGUGGCGAGCCAGAGGAUGCGCUUCGGGCCACCAUUGAAAAGAGUAAGAAGGUUCUUGCUAUGCAGAGAGACCUACUUCAACAGAUUGCUGAAAGAAGGAAAUUGGUAUCUUCUAUACAAAGUAGUAGUAUAAACCAAGAAGAAGACAAAGCUUCUUUUGAACAAGGGAAUGACUCAUUUCCAAAUGUAGAAAGUUCUUCAACUAGUGGUGACAAUACUGUUGAAGACCAAAUUGGUAGCAUUGCUUCGAGCAGCUAUGGUGAUUCAACUGAAGAUAAGGAAUUAGAAACCGUACCUUCUGCUGUUAGUGGAGGACUUAAUAAAAUAGAGAAGGAUCAUGGAGAACCUUUACCACUUAAUAAGGCUCCCAGUGAGGUAGAUUCCACUAAGCAUAUGAAUAAGACUAGUUCCAAGACAGAGUGGUCUGAUGCUUUGCCAUCUUUUAUUUCAACUACUGCUGAGACGUCUACUCCAAUAGAUGAAGAGCUUGUAGAUCUGAAAGAACCAAGUUUAGAGGAGGUCAAUAAUUGGGAAACCGAUCUUAUGAGUGAAGACGUAAAGCCCCCUCCUUUGGCUGGGGCCAAUGUCAUGAAUGUCAUAUUGGUAGCUGCAGAAUGUGCUCCUUGGUCGAAAACAGGUGGGCUUGGAGAUGUUGCUGGGGCUUUACCGAAGGCUUUGGCUCGGCGUGGACAUAGGGUUAUGGUUGUGGCACCUCUAUAUGGUGAUUAUGCGGAACCCCAAUAUUCUGGAAUUCGGAAAAUAUAUAAAGUUGAUGGCCAGGAUCUGGAAGUAGCAUAUUUCCAUGCCUUUAUUGAUGGCGUAGAUUUUGUAUUCAUUGAAUGUCCUAUGUUCCGUCACAUGGGGCAUGAUAUAUAUGGAGGAAAGCGUGAGGACAUUUUAAAACGCAUGGUGUUAUUCUGCAAGGCAGCUGUUGAGGUCCCUUGGUAUGUCCCGUGUGGUGGUGUUUGCUAUGGCGAUGGAAACUUGGUUUUCAUUGCAAAUGACUGGCAUACUGCAUUGUUGCCGGUGUACUUGAAGGCAUAUUAUCGAGACAAUGGCUUAAUGACAUAUACAAGGUCCAUCCUUGUAAUCCAUAACAUAGCUCACCAGGGUCGGGGGCCGGUAGCUGAUUUCUCAUUUGUUGAUCUUCCGGGCCACUACCUGGACCUUUUCAAAUUGUAUGACCCUGUUGGAGGUGAGCACUUCAAUAUCUUUGCAGCUGGUCUAAAGACAGCAGACCGUGUGGUUACUGUAAGUCAUGGAUACGCCUGGGAGGUUAAAACAGUUGAAGGUGGUUGGGGAUUACAUGGGAUCAUAAAUGAGAAUGACUGGAAAUUCAAAGGCAUUGUUAAUGGAAUUGAUACACAAGAGUGGAACCCACAACUUGAUGUUUACUUGACAUCAGAUGGUUACACGAACUACUCCCUGGCGACACUUCAGACUGGCAAGCCUCAGUGUAAGGCAGCUUUACAGAAGGAGCUGGGUUUGCCGAUCCGGGAGGACGUCCCUGUAAUUGGGUUCAUUGGGAGGCUGGAUCAGCAGAAGGGUGUUGAUCUCAUAGCAGAGGCAAUUCCUUGGAUGAUGGGUCAGGAUGUGCAACUAAUCAUGUUAGGCUCUGGCAGACCUGACUUGGAACAGAUGCUGAAGGAGUUUGAACAUCAACACCGAGACAAGGUCAGGGGAUGGGUUGGUUUUUCUGUACAAACAGCUCACAGAAUAACUGCUGGUGCAGACAUUUUGCUCAUGCCAUCAAGAUUUGAGCCAUGUGGACUGAACCAAUUAUAUGCUAUGAACUAUGGGACAGUUCCAGUUGUUCAUGCUGUUGGUGGACUGAGAGAUACCGUGCAGCCUUUCAAUCCAUAUGAUGAGUCAGGACUUGGGUGGACAUUUGACAGUGCUGAGGCCGGUAAGUUAAUCCAUGCAUUAGGGAACUGCUUAUUGACUUACCGAGAGUAUAAGAAGAGUUGGGAAGGAAUCCAGAGACGAGGGAUGACACAAGACCUCAGUUGGGACCAUGCUGCUCAGAAUUAUGAGGAGGUUCUUGUGGCUGCAAAGUACCAAUGGUGA